GCGGCUCUACUACAAGUUCAUUCUACUCGAGGGGUCGAACUUCAAACGGAUCCCACACAUCGUUGCUUUCUUGUAAAUAUAGUCUAAACAGAAACAGAAAACCAAAAAAAAAAGUGCAAAAUCAUCAGGUAUUUUCUAUCACACUACAAAUUCAAUUAAAAAUGAAAACUAUCAUUUUUCAUUCAAGUUUUAACUGAAUUAAAAUUAAUUUUUCCAUCAUUUUUUUUGAAUUCAAGUCGCGGUGAACGAUCUCGGUAUUCGGCAGUGAUCGCGGGACGAUCGUGAGAGAGCUCUUCCUGUCGACACGCUUCCCUACCUGAAGAGUUUUAUAUAUAUAUUAUUAUUUCCUCGGUGAAUGUCACAAAAGUUGGAAAAAGAGAGCGAUUCGCAACAAGUAUAGAAAUUAUUUUGGAGAACAUUUUUUCUGUGAGGAUUAAUAAUAUUUGGACUGUCUAUAAAUUAUUAUUUCUAUGUGACGUAACACGCACACAGUAUGGUAUAAUUAAAGUGAAUACGAGCGUCAUUCGGCGCGCUCUUUUACGAUCUGAUAAAAAUAUUGUUGGCUUAAAAUACAAGAAAUUUUAUCAAGAGAAAGAGAGAAAAAAAUACAACAUUCGAUAAGGAAUCGUCAGUUUUCGUUAAACUGUGCAAAGUGUAAGACACACACGAUUUUAGCAACAAAAUGAAACCAGAGGCGGAACACAGAAUUGAACAGCUUCGAAAAGCUACUGAUAGAAUUCAAAAGGAAAUUGAAGAAGUUACGGAAAGAGAACACGAACUUAGAAACGUAGGCAGUAUAAAAACUACGUCCCAUGAAACUGUCGAUUCGAAGGUUCGACGAAUGCCACAAGCUUUAAAAUUAAAAAGAACAACGUCAACGCCACAAAUUUUGGAGAACAUCACAUCGCCAUCAACUCAAACGGCACCAAUUUUAACACCAAAAAUGACAAAUGGAGUGAUUUCAACUCGCACAACACCCACGCCAUUGCGUUUUGCAACGAGUCCAAGUCAAAAGGGAUUAAUGCACAGGUUUCUUGCGACUCGAGGAAAAAUUUAUAAGUCACAAUCGAUUAAUAACGAAUUAAUUAAACAGUCAUCAGUGCCCACUAUCACUCUCAAUCCAUUAAGCAUAAAAGCCUUUAAUAGAAGUCUAGAUAUUCAAAUUGAAUCGGAUGAGCCUAAAGUGAAACCAACGAGGAAAGGUUUUGUUCCAGUAGAACAAAAAAUUCAGAAAGAACUCACUGAAAUGAAAGAGCGAGAAAAUGAAUUGAGAUUAAUGCGAUCACAAAUGCUGGCAAAGUCGCAGCCAAAUUUGUUAGAUAUUGGAAAUGAUAAUGAUUCUGAUAUCUACGAUGGUGCUAGUUCUUUGAGAAGUGGAACCUCAAGUAAUACUUUGAACGACGAUGAAGUGGAGAAAGAAAAUAAAGGAAGGCACAAGCCAAAUCCAAGACGUCGAAGCACGUUGAUAGCACAAUGGGAAAGUUUAAUUGCCGCUAAAAAAGAAUCGACUGAUAAUUUCAACGAAAAUAACAAUACUGUUUAACAGUACUUCCACAAAAAAUAAUGUUUCAUUUUUUUCGAAUUCUUCACACUUACAUUGCAUAAUAUAAGUAAUUGAUAGAUUUUUUCGCUCUUUUAAAAGCCGUAAGUGUUUAAAAAAAUAGAAUAAAACGCAGAAUGGCAAUCAGCAAUGAAGAUAUAUAAUUUCCAGCCAAGCGUUUAAAUUUAAAAAAAGAGAAAAAAUUUCUUAACACCCUUUUAAUCGCAUUAAGUCGAUUAAAAAAAAGCAGAAUUGAAAAA